AUGGGAAAGAAAAAGAGUAAGAAGCAAUCACGCCCUUGGUGCUGGUACUGUGAGAAAGACUUCGACGACGACAAAGUGCUCGUAACUCAUCAAAGGGCUAAACAUUUCAAGUGCGAUGUUUGUGGUAAAAAGCUUACUACAGCCGGUGGCAUGGCUGUCCAUGCUAUGCAAGUUCACAAAGUAGAAAUUACAAAAGUACCCAAUGCACUUCAAGGAAGAGAGACGCUAGAAUAUGAGAUCUUUGGUAUGGAAGGUAUACCACAUGAAGAUCUUUUGGCGCACGAACAGGCAUUGAGUAGUGGAGAAAAUCCAGCGAAACGUUUCAAGGCAGGUAGCACAUCCGAAUACAGUGCACUGACACCCGAACAGAUUCAAAAACAAAUCGCUGCUCAUAAAGCUGGAGGUGCACAACCUGCAGCCACUCCUCCGCCUCCGGCAGCAGGCUACUUCCAACAUCCUCCUGGUGCUGGUGCUCCUCCUCCUAUGGCAUCCGCAUACCCACCACAAUAUAGCCAAUAUUACCAACAGCAACCUCAGUACCCACCACGUCCACCACCGCCGAUGGGAUUCCGACCUCCACCCUAUGGAGCUCCUCCUCCAGGAUUUGGCGGGUUACCACCCCAUCAGUGGACUCCACCGGCUGGAGCAUAUGGUUCACCUGCUCCAGGGUACCCACCUACUCCCAAUUCAGCUGGUAUGGCAGUUUCUCCUGUUUCUCCCGUUCGUCCACCAGUAGCCGCAGGUUACGAUGCUUCCUCACCCCCCAUAGCACCUCCCACGAGUGCAGCUGCGGUGCCACCGUAUGCUGCACCUUAUGGCUCUCCAGCAGGCUAUGAUUCAAUUGCUGCUGCUUUUCAUGGUCAAAAUCCAGCUGCCUAUGAUCCUCACGCACAGCAGGUACCCGCGGUUCCAGCUGUGCCACAGUCACUUGCUCCUGGUAGUAAGCAAAAGCCCACCAAAAUACAAUUGAUUUAUAAUGACAGCGAAAUAUCACCGGAGGAGUAUCGUGCAAGUCUGGACAAAUAUCGAUUUGAACAAACGGUUCAAUAA